AUGGUCACCACAUCAGAGCUCAAGCGGCUAGAGUCACUACACAAUAGAAGAGAUAAAGAAUCAAAAGAUAUAGACAAUGGAAAACCUAACUUAUUUUCAAUUGAUUGGCUAAUAAGGCAAGAGUUGAAUCAAGAAGGACCAACAGACACAAAUAGCUUGGCCGAACGUAAUCUUAGAAAUAAACGGCUAGAAUUGUUGUUUCAAUCGAUUGACAGUGAUCUGGACGAGAAAAAUGAUACAUAUAGGGAAACAACACCAAACGAAAGUCGAGCCAAAAAGGAAGAGGAGACGAUGAGAGAUGAAACUUCCAUAAACUACCCCACAACAUUUUUGAAGCCUCACGAAUUGACCAACGACUUGGAGAUAGAUCUAAUGGAAAGCUCUUUAUUCAGUAAUAGGCAUGACCAUCAACUCAAGGACCCUAAUUCAGUGCAGCAUAACAGCUAUGAUAUCGUUGACAGUCUCACAAACAGUAACUCCGUGAAAGAUAACAGUUUAAGGUCCGUUGGCUCCCCUGACUCGAUCCCAGCUCGUGAUAGAGCUUUUGGAGUGAUUUCGCCAAGAAUAACUCACAGACAUCACAGAAACCAAUCGACACUGCUCGGUACUGACACACAUUCAUGCAAGGCCAAUUUAAAGCCAUUAAAACGUUUCAGAUCUGUUUCACAGUGCGACUUAGUUUUCCCAAACUUGAAUUUCAAAAAGCCCAAGAGGUAG